GAGUCAUUACCGCGUGAUGACGCUUCUUAUAGACGAUAACUGCGCAAUCUGACGAAACUGACGAAACUUUAUUUGAGGAUGUUCAUGUUUGAAAUCAGGAAACAUUGAUGCGUGACACAAAGUAUCGUCAACAAAAAGGUUGCACAGAAGCACUCAUGCAAGGACGUAAAAGUAGUAGGAAAACAAAAAUGGAUUUCGUGAGCAGUAAAGACUGUGGCUUCGUUUUUCCAGGAUCGGAAGAUCAAUUGCUAUCCGAUUGGUUGAAAUGUAUUCAUCAAACAAAUCGUGAAUACGAGCGAAUAAUCGAGGAUGGCGUACAGUUUUGGAUCCCAUUUAUGGCCAUUCCUCCGCCAGUUGUCAAAGAGCUUUUCAAGGUGAGCGAGUCGUGCGAUUUCACCCCAAACACGCGGUAUAUCGCGUUAUAUCUCUAUGACAAAUUCAUAUGUAACACUUUUUGGGAGGCUUACACGAGCGAAAAUGGAGAUGAUAAAGGGACUACGAACUCUUGGGAACAAACGUGCAAAAGAAUUUCCAGUCAAGCAAAACUUCGUCUAAUGUCAUGUUUACAAAUAGCGAGUAAAAUGGACACGCAUUCUGCAGGCUUAAGGAUAACACAGGUUAUAUCGAUUCUUCGAGAAAUCGACAACAAACAAGAAUACACGCCAAACACAAUUCUUGCGUCCGAGUUCAAAGUGUUCAAAACCGUUGGUUUCAAGAUACCGUUUUGUACGCCCUUGGAUUGUGCUGGAAUUCUAAUUAAGGCGUUGGGACUCGAAAAAAUUCCACAAAUAAUUGAUAUUGUCGUGCACUUAUUGGAUCUCUCUUUUCUUGAGCACAACCAGCUGUACACAAAUCUUCGGUUAAAAACAAACGGACGCCGUGCCCGAACAGAGAAAGAGAAAAAAGAUUUCAUGGCAAUGGAAAUAAAUUCCUUGUAUUUGGGAGCUUCGGUUGUUUUAUGUACUUCGCUCGUUUACUGUUGGGCGCCAAAAAACUCGCAGAAGCUCGCGGCAAAACUCGCCGAUUUAGUCACCAUCGACAAAUACGAUCUUAGGUUAAUGGCUGACGUAUUAUUCGCCAUGGCCGUUCAAGUCGAAAAUGGAAAACAUUGACUGGCACAUCGAAA